AUGCCAGACCCAAACUCUUCUCCCAAGCUGCGCAUCUUCCUAUGCUCGACUGUCGGGGGCGUCACCCACGCCGCGCCAAUCCUCGAGCUCGGCGCCGUCUUCGCAGCCCGCGGCCAUGAAGUCCACUUUGGAACCAACUCCGGUCAGGAGCACUGGGCGUCAGACUAUCCAUCCAUCACCUGCGUCCACAGCUUCGGUCCAGCCAUACCAAACACCGACGCCGAAGCACACUACGCGCGCAUGAUCCAAUGGCGGCCCAGCGACGGCGUUGGGCCUAUCAUGAAAUCCAAGUUUCUCUUCGACUCUUACUGGCCCGACACCUGGUUCCAUUUGCGCGAACUCAUGCUCGACUCAGACGCCAAGCCCGACAUGAUCAUUGCAGAUUUCUUCGUCGAGGCAGCGGCCAAGGAUAUGAUGGUUGAGUUUGGCGUUCCCAUUGCGGUCUGGUGGCCGCAGAUGCCGUAUCUCCUGGCGCCUGUUGAGUUCACGCCCACGUCGGAGCAGGCUUCAAUAUGGUCGCGUAUUAGGAACGAGAUGGUCUUGUCCUGGGCGCUGCCGCAUAUUUUUGCAUGGACUCGCUGGACACGGGAGAUGCGGAAACGAAACGGCGUGCGGCAUUUGAUUCCAAUGGCGCCUAAACCGAACUAUCUUGUGUUUGUCAACUCGUUCUUUGGACUUGAGCCGGCCAAAGACUUGCCUCCUCUUAUGCAAGUGGUCGGACCGAUCUUGGGGGAUGAGGAUUCUCCGCUCGAUGGAAUCUCUCAUGACAAGACGGUAUAUGUCGCUCUAGGUACUCAUAUUUCACUCCCACAAGUAGAGCUCAUGAAGAUACUCAGCGGUCUUGUCAUGGCUCUAGACGCAGGGCGUGUCAACGGCGUCAUAUGGUCUAUCGGGAAGUCAGCGAGGCAGAAUUUGGUUAGAUCAGCACAUGCGGAGCGAACUGAUGAUGGAAGGAUCUCAGUUGGUGAGAUUCUCGAUGAGAAGCACCCCGAUAUUCGAGUCCCCUGUUUCGCACCUCAGCGAGCUAUUCUCGAUCAUCCCAACACCAAGCUCUAUCUCACUCACGGAGGCGGUUCCAGCGCAAACGAGACCCUAUUCCACGGAACUCCUACCUUGAUUCUAGGCUUCUUCUUCGACCAGCUCGCUAACAGCGCCUGUCUCGUCGAAGCAGGCGUCGGUCUCGCCAUGGAAAAGUUUGACUUCACCGCCACCGAGAUUGCAGGCAAGAUUGGCCGUAUUGUCUCAGACGAUGACGGGUCCUUUGGCAGGAACGUUGAGCGUAUGAAGAGGAUAGCGCGCGUAGCAUCCCGGCGCAAGAAACUCGCCGCUGACAUGAUCGAGGAAGUCAUCUUUGAUCACGAGUUGCGCUCAUUAGGUGGGAAAGCCCAGCGACCGAUGCACCUUCAGACGGCAGACAUGCGGAUGUCAGUGUGGAAGGCCAGGAACUGGGACCUGUGGCUCGUCUCCAUUCCUGCAUUGGCGGUCGGUGGCGCGAAGUAUGCUCGGCGACUCGAUUUAGGCAUCUUAAGAUUUGUCUCGGGUAUCGUGUACGACGUUAAUUGA